AGUUUCAGUAAAGUGUUUUAACCGUUGAUGAUGAAGUGUUUAGGCGCUGCGCUUUCAUAGGAGGCUGAUUGCUGCUACUAAAGUGGUGAUGUUACUCUGCGUAUACAGUAUAGUACUCUAUAAAACCAAUUUUGCGACGAUUUUUAACAGGUACAUUUAAUAUCGUGCUUCGAUUUAAUACACUACAGUUAAGAAUGAAACAAGUUACAAAGUAUUUGGUGUUUUUUUGCCUCGCAGUUGUAAUUGGAAAAGCUUCUGCCUUAAAAUGCUAUGCUUGUUCGACAUUGUUUACUGGAUGUGGUACAGGAGCUAUUUCUGCAAGCAAAUCUAUGGCUUGCCCAACCAGUUCAAGUUGUUUAACCACGACAACACACACUUCCAGUUCAUCGUUCACUGUCAGGGCAUGCGGCACAUUGGUAGCUCCACCAACAGCCUGCCUUGGAGAUAUUUCCGCUGGGGUUGUAUGCACAUCAAGUUGUACAACAGAUAAUUGCAAUUCUGGUACAAACUCAAACACCUUGGGUUCUGGAAACACUGGCGGUAAUACUGGUAACAUUGGUGGCAACACUGGUAACAUGAACGGCGGAGUUAUGAAGAUUGGGGGAGGAAAUAUCUUCAUUGUUAUUUCUAUGCUCGCACCAUUUGUGUUGCAAUACCUUAUAUAGAUUUAAACUAUUUCUUAGAUUUUAAAUAACUAUACCAAAGUUCCAAAACUUUGCUUAUGGAAACUAUUAGUAAAAUUACUUUUUGUGAGUUUUGUUUUUUCAUCAUGAUCCAGUCUUCUUUAAAUAUAGUAGGGUGGGGGAAGAUGGGACACAUUUAGCACCUGAUAUCCAAAUAUCCUGAUCGUGUUUUAA